UCAUUACGGCAUAAUCUGGGACGUAACCUGCUGUCACGCUCCUUGUCAUCGUCCCUGACCCCCUCACGAUCUCGUCUCGCGCCAUGCAAGGGCACCGCCACCACCAUCACCACCACCACUCCUCGGCACCACUGGCAGGAGGCAGCACGCUCCCCCCCGAUACGUCGUUCCUACUCGGCAUGCGGCGGCUCCUGCCCGUGCGGCGGUGGCGGCCCCCCGGUGAAGAAGACGCGCACGGCCUACAUCGCCCUCGGAAGCAACCUGGGUGACCGGGUGGCCGAGAUAGAGAGGGCGUGCAGCCUAAUGGACGAGCGUGGCAUCCGCGUCAAGAGGACCAGCAGCUUGUGGGAGACGGAACCCAUGUAUGUCGAGGAUCAGGACCGCUUCAUCAAUGGGGCCUGCGAGGUUGAGACCGAUCUUGAACCCCUCGCUCUUCUCGACCAGCUCCAGGCCAUUGAGAAUGAUAUGGGACGUCGCAAGGUCAUCGACAAGGGCCCGCGCAAUAUCGAUCUCGACAUCUUGCUCUACGGGGAUGAGACAGUGCAGCAUGAGCGGCUCACGGCUCUCGACCCUAACAAGCCGUGGACGCUGGUGCAGGACCACCUCAACAACCUCAGGCUCGGGGCGGAGCCGCUGUCGUCCAUCACGCCUGUGUCGGCGUCGCUACCGCCCCUGUCGCCCAGGGCGCCGACGCGGCCGACGCACGUCAUGGCCAUCCUGAACCUCACGCCCGACUCCUUCUCAGACGGCGGGCGCCACAGGCCGUCCAGCGUAGUCGGCACGGUCGCCUCCCUGAUGCGCCGGGGCGUGUCCGUCGUCGACGUCGGCGGGCUCUCCACCGCGCCGGGCGCGGACGAGGUGUCGGCCGAGGAGGAGGCGGGGCGCGUGGUGCCGGCCAUCGAGGCCAUCCGGGCCGACCCGUCGACGCGCGGCGCCGUCGUCAGCGUCGACACGUACCGCGCGUCGGUGGCCGAGGCGGCCGUCGCCGCCGGGGCCGACAUGGUCAACGACGUCUCGGCCGGGCUGCUCGACCCGCUGAUGCUCCCGACCGUGGCUAGGCUGGGCGUGACGGUCUGCCUGAUGCACAUGCGCGGCAACCCGCGCACCAUGUCCGGCCUGGCCUCGUACCCGGACGGGCUGAUCCCCACGGUGGCGGCCGAGCUGGCGGGCCGGGUCGCCGCCGCCGAGGAGGCCGGCAUCCGACGGUGGCGCAUCGUGCUCGACCCGGGCAUCGGCUUCGCCAAGGACACGGCCCAGAACCUGGAGCUGCUGCGUAGCCUGCACCAGCUCAGGCACUGGCCCGGCCUGGAGAACCUGCCGUGGCUGGUCGGCUCCAGCCGCAAGAGGUUCAUCGGCGACGUCACCGGCGUCGGCAGCCCGGCCGACAGGGUCUGGGGCACGGCCGCCACGGUGGCGGCCGCGGUCCAGGGAGGCGCAGACGUCGUCCGCGUGCACGACGCCGAGGAGAUGGCCAUGGUGAGCAAGAUGUCGGACGCCAUCUGGAGGGCAGCAUGA